CUUAAGGCUCAGAAGUGAAAUACUGUUUUGUUUUUGCAUGUAAUACACGAAGAAAUACAUGAUAACCAGUGUUCGCUUUUUCUACUUAAUACCCUCAAGUCAUUCAAGAUGGCGGUGCCAGUAGAAAAAGUCAAAGUUCUUGUUCUGGGCGACUCUGGGGUAGGGAAGUCGUCUCUUGUACAUCUCAUAUGCCAGGGAGAAGCCAUGGGGAAUUCUGCAUGGACGAUAGGCUGUAAUGUUGACGUCAAACUGCACGAUUAUCGAGAAGAAGGGACGCCUCACGAGAAGACAUUCUGCGUGGAGCUGUGGGACGUGGGAGGUUCCAUCAACCACAGUUUGAGCCACAGCGUGUUCUUCAACUCGGCCCACGGCCUGGUGCUGGUGCACGACCUGACCAACCGCAAGUCUCAGGAGAACCUGCGGCGCUGGCUGGGCGAGGUCCUCAGCAGGGACGCCGGGAAGAAGUACAGCGGGGAACCGGACUACGACGAGGAGGUGUUCUCGGAGAACCAGCUCCCGGCGCUGGUGAUCGGGACCAAGAUGGACCGCAUUCCCGACAGCAACCUGGAGGAGGUGUUGUCGCGGAGCUCGUCGGUGGCGGGACAGUGUCGCGCGGACUUCAUCAACCUGGACUGCAUGCAGAACAAGCACCUGGCGGCGGGGACCACCAACGCCGUGAAGCUCAGCAGGUUCUUUGACAAGGUGAUCGAGAGGCGGUACUACACGCAGGACAGUAGGGGACGGCUAGGGUCACAGGAACGCAGGAGACCGCCCUCCAUGACAAGGACUUUUAGCCCAACAUUUGUACAAGAAAAGAUAGACUGAAGAGUAUAUCUACCUGCUUGUGUCAAAAAUAGUUGUUCUCUAGUCAUCGAUUUUCACAUCCAACCAGGGAUCUUAAUGUAGAUACGAUAUUGACUGAUUUUGUCAGCUUCACAUGUGCCAUGUUGAUAUCAUAUCAUUUGAUUACUAUAUAUUGAAUAAUCAUUUGGAAUUUGUAGUAAGACUUUAGAUUACCUGACUUAUUUUUGCCAGAUUGACGAAAAAAGUGGCUGAAAUAGUCUUUCAGCAAUGUAAGCACUCAUAAGUAAUACUCCUGACAUGGCGAAGCGCAGUAUACAGGCAUUUCACUAGUAUAGAAAACAACACUGGGUAUUCCGUAUCGCCAGAGGUAUGGUCCGACCACGGGUAGGAUCGCCCAACGGCCAAAGGCAAGUUGGUUCUGGACUCGCGGGAGGUCUGAUUCCAAGGGCAAUAUGGAAUACACCAUGUUGUAUUUUAAUCAUAUCAUGCCAACCAGAGUAAACUCAAGUUUAUAAAAAAAAGUAAAAGAUGUGAUGCAAUGCACAUUGUAUCAAGAACUUCAUUCGUCAAUUGAACAGUAGCACAUGUAAGUGAGUUCCAAUUGUUCAAUUAAAAAUAUGGAGCCCCAGGUCGUACUGUAAAAUACGGACCGAUUGAAACACUGAUAUCGAACGUCAAUACAGACCGAGUAUGAUGUAUAUAAAGACAAUUAUGUCAUUUGUAAGUGUCCAAGUCUAAGUUUGUAUUGUAAUCUAACACUGAUUUCCACAUGGUUCAAUGAAUAUGUUUAUCAAUUUAUGUCAUAGAAGUAGACAAAAUUAUCCUCGUUUUCAGAAUGUUUCAGUGGCAAUUGUUUUCCCUCUAGUGGUUCAA